GAUAAUCGCUGGUCAGUGAGUUUUGACCUCACACCUAUCUCCAAAGGGGAUGAUCUAAGAUUGGUUGAGCUUCGAGUUCUUCUCCCACCAUUUGAAACCCCCACCACAAUCACUAUGGAGAUCUUCCACACUGAAAAUGGACAGGAUGGAAUCUUCUUGGGGUCAAUCAUGAAAAGCAUGACAGUGAGUCACCAUUCUGCCUGGAAAAGCUUCAAUGUGACCGAUCUGAUGGGACAGUAUCUUCACUGGGGAAAUAAACUUGCCAAUAAUAAAGACACACAUGCUAGAGGAAAUGCUCACAGUGCUGCAGUAUCUCAUUCUGGAAAUCCCAAAACACUAAUUAACAAAUCUCUUCAGAAGAGAUCCACAAAUCAAGCAAUCAUUGUAUUUUUCAGUAAGGACAAGCCAUUUUCAAAGCCAGAGUCUCCAGGCCUGAUCAUGAAAUUGUCAGAAAGCUCUCCAAAGAUGGCUGGGUUCCGGAGACAAAGACGAAACAGAAACAGGCAAUUAAUUACUCCAUCCGUCACUCAUGCCAUGCCAGAAGAAAAGCAAGAACCUUUAUGUAGAAAGGUUGACAUGAUGGUAGAUUUCAAGGAGCUUGGAUGGGACAGUUGGAUUGUCUAUCCCAAAAAAUACAACGCCUACCGGUGUGAAGGAAGCUGCCAUACCCCACUAAAGGGCCCCGCCACGACAACAAUCUAUAACUACGUUAAGGUGAGAAAUGUUUGCAUUGCUACCUCCUAUCCCCACUAAAAACAUGUUUUUAUUUAAGGGAAACUGCAGUUUUAGUGUUUUUAUACAUGUGGAUAUUAGCACUAAUCAAUGAAUAUGAUAGUUUAUGUGUAUCAUUUUGAAAUAUAUAC